AGGAGGAGGAGGAAGGGGGUCUCCGGGCCGGGACGGCCGGGCCCCAUGGGCGGGUGUGUGGGCUCCCACCACGACUCCUCGGGCAGCCUCAACGAGAACUCGGACGGCACCGGAGUUGCACUAGGUCGUAAUCAGCCCCUGAAGAAGGAGAAACCAAAAUGGAAAAGUGAUUAUCCGAUGACAGACGGACAGCUACGCAGCAAGAGAGACGAGUUUUGGGACACAGCACCAGCUUUUGAGGGCCGCAAGGAAAUCUGGGAUGCUCUGAAGGCUGCUGCACAUGCAUUUGAGAACAAUGAUCAUGAACUGGCACAAGCAAUCAUUGAUGGUGCAAACAUAAUGUUACCCCAUGGUGCUCUUACAGAGUGCUAUGAUGAACUGGGAAACAGAUACCAGCUUCCUGUCUACUGCCUGGCCCCGCCUAUCAACAUGAUCGAAGAGAAGGGUGACCUAGAGACUCUGGAUAUUCCUGAUCCACCACCCAAUUCUGGCCACGAAUGCCAGCUUCGCUUACGCCUUUCCACAGGCAAAGACCUCAAACUUGUAGUCCGCAGUAUGGACACUGUGUACCACAUGAAAAGAAGACUGCACACGGUGGAGGGUGUGGAGCCCAGCAGUCAGCGGUGGUUUUUUUCAGGCAGGCCAUUGGCAGACAAAAUGAAACUGGAGGAGCUCAAAAUACCAAGGGACUAUGUGGUACAAGUCAUUGUGAGCCAGCCCUUAAACCCCACCCCAGUGGAAAACUGACUUUGCCUCUUUGUCUCUCCUUUCUUCCUCUCCCUCUUUUUAU